AUGUCGGUCGCAUUCUCCACCCCCGCCGAGCAUGCCUUCGUCGACGAGGACUCAACUCAGCCCCCGGUCCGCUCGACUACCACCCCAAGCGCUGUCCCUUCGAAGUCCGACCUUGAAGAACAUUUUCAGAUCUCUCUUACGGUCAAGCUGAUAUUGGAAGGAGAUUAUCAGACUGUCGCUUUACAGUUUCCCGACGAAUUGUUAUAUGCGAGUGUCGCCGUCUUCAGAGCCAUUCAGACAGCCAUCCAGGGCAAGGCUCAGGCAUACGUGUUGGGUGAUUCGACUCAUGGCAGCUGUUGUCCCGAUGUGCUCUCAUGCCUUCAUCUCCCUGCCGACCUCCUCGUACACUACGGUCAUGCCUGUCUCACACCGACCGACGCUCUCCCUGUUUUCUAUGUAUUCCCUCGACAGCACCUUGAUGUAAUCCAAGCGGCGGAGCGACUCAUAGCGACAAGUCGGCGGGAAUCACAAGAGCGAAAGGGUACCAUUGUGGUCUGGGAUGUGUCUUUCGAUUGGUUGGCCGAAAGUAUCGUGCAAGUCUUCACAACCAGAAUGUCAGGACCUGUAUCUUUUUCCUUCAUCCAAAAGCCAGUUUUCGAUACAGAAAGAGUGUCAAGCAGACGGACUGGCAAAGCCCCGGCGCUCAGGUUGAUAGAACCUCCUCCUGGGACUCCGAGAGAGGAAUGCGUCAUAUUCUACAUCGGGCAAGAGGGACGCAGCUUGGUCAACCUGCAGAUGACUAAUGCUGACUGUUCGGUCUUAGCCUACUCUCCAACAUCAGGUUCGGCCAAUCUUGUCUCUCCAGCCGCCUCGAAGCUACUUUCCAGACGACUAUACGCAGUGCACAGAGCCAUGGCUGCCGACGUAUUCGGUUUGGUGGUGUCCAACAUCGGUCUUGCUGCGUCCCCUUGCGUGCUCGAUCAACUCCGCCGAGACCUCAAGACAGCAAGAAAGAAGUCAUACACUAUGAGCGUGGGCCGACUCAAUCCGGCUAAGCUUGCCAACUUCGCCCCGAUCGACUGCUUCGUCCUCAUCGGAUGUAAUGAAGGAGGCGUGGUGGAGUCUAAAGACUACAUGGCGCCUAUAGUGACUCCUUGGGAGCUGCGAUUAGCUUUGAGUGGAGCAAAAGAGUGGACCCCUAGCAACUGGACAACAGAUUUGUCUACCAUAUUGCAACGCAAUCAGAACGACUUGUCACUGGAUCUCGAAGCAGACGACCAACCGCAGUUCUCCCUGAUCAACGGCGAGUACAGGACACCGAAGAUGAUCGACACCGACAAGCACUCAGGGCAUAGAGAAGACCUUGAAAACAAUGAGGUCGCUCUCAGAAUAUCCAAUCUCUCUAUAGCCACGACGCAUCCUACCGGAAGCCAAUACCUCGCUUCUCGUCAAUAUAAGGGCUUGGACCCACGGUACGGUCUCGACGAGCCGGCUUCAUUGGAGGAAGGUUUACAGGGGAUAGCUCGAGGUUACAACGGGGAGCGAUCCGCGUUUUGA